UUUUCUGAUAAAUAUAUUCCCGAUGAUUUAAAGAAAAGACUUUUUAGUUUGUUUGCAAAAGAAAUUGUUAAAAAUAACUAACUCCCGUCUUUGACAUAAGGAAAGAUGGACAAACUGGAACGUUUUUCGAAUUAUGAAACCUGCUUCAGUGACUCAGAAGACACGUUACUCGAAUCUAGCGAUAUAUCUACGGAUGAUAUUGAAAUGAUUCUUUCACGCGACUUAGAUCCCGAAGUUAAAAUACUUAUAAAAGCAUUCUAUAAUUAUUUCGAAAACAUGUCACAAGAAAAUAAUCAGGUCGAAUCGGCGACACGUCAACUGCUGCAAAACAUGUUGCACGAUAACGAUGUUGCUCAACAAAUUAUAAGCGGAAUAGCAUAUUUACAAAACAAGCCACUAUUACUUCAAUACUUUCUUACCAAUGUGAUUGAAUUCAUUAAAAUUGUAUGGAAAAUAGCGCUAAAAAACUCAGCACCAGCCAUUUCAGCAAAAGUUAGAACUAAAUCUGAAACAACUUGUGAUGUGACUGCAGUAGUUACCGUAAAAACCAUGGAUCCAGAGACUGAAAAUGUAGUUGCGAAGUGUCUCGUACCAGCUUAUAAUAUGGGCAAAAAGCAAAUUGUUAUUUUAAUUGAAGAUUUUAUAGAACAUCUUGAAGAGAGCACCCAGUCCAACCAGUUUGAGAUUCCAAUUACUCCAGAGCUAGAGGCAAACUGCAACGAUGACGAGGUUAUUAGAUUCAUCGUACGUGAAAUUCCGUACUUAAAAGACAAACCUACGUUGAGGGAAUACUUUCAGAAUCACAUUGAGUUUUUUGUUAAAAUAUUAAGUGGUGCAAGAGAUGUGGAAGUAUUAGUGGAAGCUGAAAACGACCAAGCAAAUUUGCUACAAAAAACAGUGCGAAACGGUCAAACGUCAAACGAUACUAAAGAAGAUCAUAGUCCUGAUUUAGCUAAAUCGAAUACUUCUUCUAAAAAUGCUUCUGCCGAAUGUCAAAAAAUCCAAAACAUAGAAUUCGCUUUAGAGUUGUUAUCUUCCAUUGGGUUCACAGAUCGCGAAGAAAACCUAAUGGUUUUACAAAAUUCUGGUAGCGUUUCGGUGGCAGCAAUUCGUCUUUGUGAGAUCCACAAAAAUGCUUUUGCUAUUCCGUAGUGAAAAAUUUUUAUUUGAAUGAUUGCUUUUAAUAAAAGACGUGAACAAAAUCAUCUAGAAAAAAUUAUAAA